GGAAAACACAGAUCAUGUGAAAGUCCAGAGGAGUUUGAGAGGGAAUCUACACACAGCGCUGAAGAUGAACCACUGAGAGACAGACAGACGGUGCUGAGUGUGAGUGUGUGUGUUAGGGGGACAGCAUGGCUCCCCGACCAUCAUCAGGAGAGUUAUGGGGGCUUCACCUGAUGCCUCCUCGUAUCCUGGUGGACUGCUGUCUGCCCAACGGGAUCCUGGUCAGUCUGGAGUGUUUGAGAGAAGCUCCACUGACCAGCAUAAAACAACAACUGUUCAGUGAGGCCCGAAAAUACCCCCUCUACCACCUGCUACAGGAGGAGUCAUGUUAUAUCUUCGUGGGCGUCACACAGGAAGCAGAGAGGGAGGAGUUCUAUGAUGAAACACGACGGCUGUGCGACCUUCGACUCUUUCACCCCAUCCUAAAGGUCAUCGAGCCACUGGGCAACCGAGAAGAAAAAAUACUCAACAGAGAGAUUGGUUUUGCCAUUGGAAUGCCCAUCUGUGAAUUUGAGCUGGUGAAGGAUCCAGAAGUUCAGGAGUUCCGCCGGAACAUUCUGAGCGUGUGCAGAGAGGCGGUGGAGGAGCGCGAGUUUGGCGGUGCACACACACAAGCGCUGUAUGUCUACCCACCUAACGUAGAGUCAUCACCUGACCUGCCGCAGCACAUCUACAGUAAACUCGACAAAGGUCGUUUGAUCGUGACUAUCUGGGUAAUUGUGUCUCCGUCAAACUCAAAGCAGAAGUACACACUAAAGAUCAGCCACGAUUCUCUCCCGGAGCAGCUGAUUGCUGAAGCCAUCCGUAAGAAAACACGUAGCAUGCAUCUAUCUGCACAGCAGCUGCGACUGUGUGUGCAGGAAUAUCAGGGCCAGUACAUCCUGAAAGUGUGCGGAUGUGACGAGUAUUUCCUGGAGAAAUACCCCCUCAGCCAGUACAAGUACAUCAGGAGUUGCAUCACACUGGGUCGUCUGCCGCACCUGAUGCUGGUCAGUAAGGACAGUUUGUACAGUCAGCUUCCCUCCAGUGGAUUCAUGGCUCCGUCAUACAGCCGGCGCACACCUCAGCCCAGCCCCUGUCCCAGCGGAGGAGACCCUGGACCACCGCGCUCGCUCUGGGCCUUUAAUGCACACCUGAGAGUACGAGUGCUGUGUGCCACAUACGUCAACGUCAACAUCAGAGACAUCGACAAGAUCUAUGUCAGGACAGGUAUAUAUCACGGAGGAGAACCGCUGUGUGACAACGUCAAUACACAGAGAGUACCCUGCUCAAACCCCAGGUGGAAUGAGUGGCUGUCAUAUGACAUCUUUCUGACCGAUGUUCCCCGAUCAGCUCGUCUCUGUCUGUCCAUCUGUUCUGUCAAGGGUCGCAAGGGUGCCAAAGAGGAGCACUGUCCGCUGGCGUGGGGAAACAUCAAUCUGUUUGAUUAUAAAGACACUCUGGUGAGCAGUAAAGUGGCUCUGGGUUUGUGGCCGGUUCCUCAUGGACUGGAGGAUCUUCUCAACCCGAUCGGAGUGUCGGGAUCAAACCCAAAUAAGGAAACACCAUGUGUUGAACUAGAGUUUCCCUGGUUUAAUCAGACUGUCGUGUUUCCUGAUGAACAACAGAUAGAGGAACAUGCCAACUGGAGCAUCUCACGAGAGCUGGGAUACAGCUACUGUCUGGGACUGGGCAGUCGUCUGGCAUGUGACAGCAGCAUAUCACAGACGGAUGCGGAGCAGCUGCGUGCACUGUGCAGUCGAGACCCGCUGUAUGAACUCUCAGAACAAGAGAAGGACUUCCUGUGGAGACACCGGCAUUAUUGUGUGAAUAUUCCCGAAAGUCUUCCCAAACUCCUGCUGUCUGUCAAGUGGAACUCCAGAGAUGAAGUGUCACAGAUCUACUGUCUGUUGAAGGAUUGGCCAUUGAUGCAGCCUGAAUCAUCUCUAGAGUUGUUGGACUGUAAUUUUCCGGAUCCGAUGGUUCGUGAGUUUGCGCUGCGCUGCCUCAUUCAGGGACUGACAGACGACAAACUCAGUCAAUACCUGCUGCAGCUCGUACAGGUGUUAAAAUACGAGAUGUAUCUGGACAAUCCACUGGCUCGGUUCCUGAUCAAGAAAGCUUUGACCAAUCAGAAGAUCGGACAUUUCUUCUUCUGGCAUCUAAAGUCUGAGAUGCAUAAUAAAACGGUGUCUCGGCGGUUUGGGCUGCUGUUGGAGGCAUUCUGUCGCGCAUGUGGUAUGUACCUGAAACACCUUAACAGACAGGUGGAGGCCAUGGACAAACUAGUGAACCUCACCGACACUCUCAAACAAGAGAAGAAAGAUGAGACGCAGAAGACUCAGAUGAAGUUCCUGGUGGAGCACAUGUCCCGCCCAGAUUACAUGGAUGCAUUGCAGGGUUUUGUUUCUCCUCUGAACCCUGUACACCAGCUCGGGAACCUCCGGUUAGAGGAGUGUCGGAUCAUGUCUUCAGCGAAGCGUCCGCUCUGGUUGAACUGGGAGAAUCCAGAUAUCAUGAGUGAACUGCUCUUCACAAACAAUGAAAUCAUCUUUAAAAAUGGAGAUGAUCUACGGCAGGACAUGUUGACACUCCAGAUUAUUAAGAUCAUGGAGAAUAUCUGGCAGAAUCAGGGACUGGACCUGCGAAUGCUGCCGUAUGGCUGUCUCUCUAUAGGUGACUGUGUGGGUCUCAUUGAGGUGGUGAAGAAUUCUCAUACCAUCAUGCAGAUUCAGUGUAAAGGAGGAUUGAAGGGGGCGCUACAGUUCAACAGCAACACACUGCACCACUGGAUCAAAGAGAAAAACAAGGGAGAGGCUUAUGACAGAGCAAUUGAUUUAUUCACCCGAUCAUGUGCUGGAUACUGUGUGGCCACAUUUAUUCUGGGCAUUGGAGACAGACACAACAGCAACAUCAUGGUGAAAGAGAACGGACAGUUGUUUCAUAUAGAUUUUGGUCACUUCCUGGAUCAUAAGAAGAAGAAGUUUGGUUAUAAACGAGAGCGAGUGCCGUUUGUUCUCACACAGGACUUCCUGAUUGUCAUCAGUAAAGGAGUUCAGGAGUGUACAAAGACCAAAGAGUUUGAGAGGUUUCAGGAGAUGUGUUAUAAAGCGUAUCUUGCCAUCCGUCAGCACGCGAGUCUCUUCAUCAAUCUCUUCUCUCUGUUGUUGGGAUGUGGGAUGCCGGAGCUUCAGAGUUUUGAUGACAUCGCGUAUCUGCGGAAAACUCUGGCGCUGGAGAAAAACCAGCAGGACGCACUGGAAUACUUUACCAAACAAAUGAAUGACGCUCAUCAUGGAGGCUGGACCACAAAGAUGGACUGGAUAUUCCACACCAUCAGACACAUGCCCAAUGAACACUAACACACACACACACACACACACACACAUUAUACACACACAUAUACCAUCAGACACAUGCUAAACUAACACUAACACACACACACACACACACACACACAUUAUACACACACAUAUACCAUCAGACACAUGCUAAACUAACACUAACACACACAAUACACACACACACACAUUCACACAGUGUUGGGGAAGCUACUGUACUUUGAAACUGUAUCUUCCCAAGUAAGAAGCGCCUCAUAUGUUGUUAAACUGCAUUCUAACUACUCUUUAAAAAGAAAAAAGUAGUUAGCUAUACUACAAGUUACUAACAAACAGCAGCUGACUACAUUGAAGCUAUUUAAAGAAUCCAGAAUCUAUUUUAUAUAGCCGAGUCAAAAUAUAGUGAUAAACAGCAGCAGUACACUAAAUAUAUCACUUCAAAAAAGAAAGCAAAUGAGCUUUAAAGGGGUCAUGGCAUACUCUUUUUUUUCAUAAUUGUAUUAUCUUCCCUGAGGUCCACUGUUAGUAAAUGUUUUUUGCACCAGAACAGUCAUAAUUUAGUAAUAUAAUAAUUAAUUUACCACCCUGUCUCUGGCCCUCUGUUAGAAACGCUCAGUUUUAAACUGCCUGGCCCUUUAAGACUUCAAUGUAAAUGCCCACUAUCGUGAUUUGCUCACAUCAUGCAGUCCUUCCAAUACAGCCAUAUUUGAAACUCAAUCCAAAGAAAAUGAGCAAACUUCACACAACAUUAACACAUAACGUACACCCAACACAUUUCAUCUGAAUGUAUCAAACUGUCCACUGAUCAAACAGUCAUGACGUUUGAAACAUGCGUGAAAUGGAAUUGGUUACUUACGUUUUUUUGUCCAAUAGUCCAAUUUUAACUGUCCCAUCUUUCAAUAACAGUUCCUUUGCAAAACUAAGUCAUAUUGUGACUGUUUCACAAGAAAUUCACACUGAAAUCUUCUAAAUUCACAAACGUAAUACAAUCCACAGUGAUGUUGGGUGCUUCAACCAGAUUUCAACAGGCAAAGCAGAUACGCUGGUCUUCACUUCUCACAUUUUCCCGGUUUGUUUACACACAGGACUACAUAUGUUUCUCCCAGUCAGUGGCAGCAGAAUGAGACACGUUUUUAAAAGUUGCGCUUGUACUGCUCUUAAAACGUGCCGCACAUCGCCGUAAAUGCAUCAACACAAAGACAUCCAUGUAGUGCAUGUUUACAGAAGACCAACAUUAAAAAUAGCACAGAUGGGUGCAAAAACGGUCCAGGACGCCUUCAAAACAGCACAACAGCAAGAAAUGAAUGAAUUCACAGCUGAAUGAAACACAAUGGGGGUCUCCAUUUUAGAGUUAUAACUUGACAUCGCAUCUUUAAAAAGUGGCGCGUGAUGUGUAAUAAGUCAAAGCGGUUUUUAAAUCCAGACAGCCACAUGAAGGUGUAAUGUGUCCAUUACCAAAGUCCACUUUGGAUGAAUUUGCCCAUGACAGACCCAUCUCUCUCUCCUCUUCACCUGUGUGACUGAUUGAGCACCAGUGGGCAGGGCCAAGGGUGCAAUGAUGUAGAAAUAAGUGUUGCAUAUGCAGAUGUAUUUGGUCCUUGUGACGUCACAUGUUCCACAAAUUCCAAACGAGACAUUUUUGCAGCUUGGUUUAAAUAAAUGCUCUUUUUCUAUUAAGGAGGUAGUUUUAAGUUCUGAAAUGUACAGUAUGUCUUUAUAUUACAAUGACCUCUUAUAUGUCAAAAGACCAAGGAAAGUUUGAUUCCACAUGUCAUGACCCCUUUAAGUCUGCGCAAGAGAAAUAGUGAAUCAUUUAUGUGAACUAGUUCAUUUACAUGAACCGUCUGAACAAACUGAUUCACUAAAAUUAACUAGAUUUCCCAACACUUAAUAAAAGGGAACUGUUUAUUGUAACUGAUUCAUUUACAUGAACUGUCUGAAAGAACUGAUUCACUUAAAUUGAGCUGCACGAGAGAGAGACAGGACAGUUCAGGUGAGUGUGUUUGAUUACUCCCUCGAUUGCUGUGUUCACAAUAUAAUGUGACAAAUUAAGAGUUUUGUGACUCUACAGCACUACUCGCUGGAAAAUAAACUCGUUACUAAAGAAAAGCGACACUAUUAUGAAUAUAACUGAACUACUGUCACACUACUGAACAGUGUAGUUAGCAUCUCUAAUUUUAGCUAGUUAGUCUCCAACCCUGAUCACACCAUCAGAUACAUGCCAAACACACACACACUAACCACUGAGGUGGUUUAAAAAGCAACAGGAAGUUUCCAGAACACGAAAUGGUGCACAAAGGCUCGUGGGAACGAAUUGAAACUUCCGCACAGACUCUGAUGAUGAAGAUGAUGUCAU